UCCAUUUCAAGGGACGCGUUCUUUGUGCGUCAUCUUGAAUCGGUUGUUUCGUCGUUGUAACUCCUGAUUAUCUUAAAGGCGGCACUUUACAUCAUGGCCGAAGUUAAUGAUGAAAACGAAUUGUUGGACUACGAAGAGGAGGAAACAGAAACCCCAGCGGAGGCGCAGGCGACCGAGGAUCUCGCAAAGAAAGGAGUGAAGGGUACCUAUGUUAGUAUCCACAGUUCUGGCUUCAGAGAUUUCCUCUUGAAACCAGAACUUCUUCGAGCCAUCGUUGACUGUGGAUUCGAACAUCCUUCAGAAGUUCAGCAUGAGUGUAUUCCUCAAGCAAUCCUGAGCAUGGAUAUUAUCUGUCAGGCCAAAAGUGGAAUGGGGAAAACUGCAGUCUUUGUUCUGGCAACACUUCAGCAGCUAGAGCAAAUUGAUGGCCAAGUCAGUGUGUUGGUUAUGUGCCACACACGAGAGUUGGCUUUCCAGAUCUCUAAAGAGUAUGAAAGGUUUUCUAAAUACAUGAAUAACAUCAAAGUUUCAGUGUUUUUUGGUGGCAUCAGCAUCAAGAAGGACCAGCAGACCUUGAAGACCAACUGCCCGCAUAUUGUAGUGGGUACCCCAGGCAGAAUAUUGGCGCUGGCACGAGAGAAGUCAUUGAAUCUCAAGCAUAUCAAGCACUUUAUCCUUGAUGAGUGUGACAAGAUGUUAGAACAGCUUGAUAUGCGAAGAGAUGUGCAAGAAGUAUUCCGCAUGACUCCACAUGAGAAACAAGUCAUGAUGUUCAGUGCAACUUUAGCCAAAGAGAUCCGCCCUGUCUGCAAGAAGUUUAUGCAAGAUCCAAUGGAAGUUUAUGUUGAUGAUGAGACAAAGCUCACCUUGCACGGUCUGCAACAGUAUUAUGUCAAACUCAAAGAUCAGGAGAAGAACAGAAAGCUUUUCGACCUCUUAGAUGUGUUAGAAUUCAACCAGGUAAUCAUCUUUGUCAAGUCAGUACAGCGCUGUAUUGCCCUUGCUCAGUUGCUGAUCGAGCAGAACUUCCCAGCAAUUUGUAUCCACAGAGGAAUGGAACAAGAAGAGAGAUUGUCACGCUACAAACAGUUCAAAGAUUUCUCCAAGAGAAUGCUGGUAGCCACCAAUCUGUUUGGUCGUGGAAUGGAUAUCGAAAGAGUCAACAUUGUGUUUAACUAUGACAUGCCAGAGGAUUCAGACACCUACCUUCACAGGGUUGCCAGAGCUGGACGUUUUGGCACGAAAGGCCUUGCCAUAACCUUUGUCUCAGACGAAAAAGAUGCUAAGAUAUUGAAUGAAGUCCAAGAUCGCUUUGAAGUGAAUGUAGGAGAACUCCCGGAGGAGAUUGACCUUUCAACAUACAUUGAACAAGUACGUUAAAUCGAUGGAAGUCACUCCAAAGUGCAAGAUCUUGUAAAUUAAUAGUAUAAGAAGUACCAAGGAAAAGUAUCCUGAUCAACUUUCCAGUCACUUUUUACUUAAAACGUGAAGUUUCAGGAAGCUGUUUCUUACUGAAACCUUUUAUGUAUCUGUUAUUAUAGGCUCAGGCUUUUUUUUCUUUUUUUAUUAUCUACAGUAUGUGUAUUUUUACUGAUCAUGGAAUAAAUAAACAUGAAAUGUUCCUUUU